AUGCGUCGUCUUGAGUUUAUAAAUGGUGGCUGGUGCAUGAGUGACGAGGCCACCACGCACUACAGCGCAGUCAUAGAUCAGAUGACUCUGGGGCUGCGAUUCCUGAAUGACACCUUCGGUGAAUGCGGUCGACCCCGGGUGGCCUGGCACAUCGACCCGUUUGGACACGCCCGAGAACACGCCUCCAUCUUUGCUCAGAUGGGCUAUGAUGGUUUCUUCUUUGGCCGUUUGGAUUAUCAGGACAAAGCUCGCAGAAUGAAGACCAAAGAGAUGGAAAUGCUCUGGAGGGCCAGUGAAAGCCUGAUGCCGCCUCUCGCUGAUCUCUUCACGGGUGUUCUUCCGAAUGGCUAUAACCCACCUGAGGGCUUCUGCUGGGACCAGUCAUGUAAUGAUGCUCCCAUAAGAGACGACCCAGACCUUGAGGACUACAACGUGGAUGAGAUAGUGCAGAGGUUUUUGAAUGUUUCCUAUAACCAGGCUGCCUUUUAUAAGACAAACCACAUCAUAUCGAUGUCAUGUCCAGCCACAAAUCCUUCCAUGCUGAAUGUCCAUCUGGUUCCUCACACACAUGAUGAUGUUGGCUGGCUCAAGACUGUGGAUCAGUACUACUAUGGAGGUGAAGCUUUGUUUAUGUCUGACUUGAAAGUGUUUGUUUGUAGCUUUCAUUGGCCUCUGAAGACAGAUGAUUUUUUCCCCUAUGCUGAUGAUGCUCAUGAUUUCUGGACAGGUUAUUUUACCAGCCGACCAGCAUUGAAGUUAUACGAGAGACUGAGCAACAGCCGACUACAGACAUGCAACCAACUGGAGGUGCUUAGUGGGCCCAAGUCCACAUCUGGACCCUUUGGUGAAGGGGACAGUGAUACUAUGAAGAGGGCGAUGGGUGUAGCCCAACAUCACGAUGCUGUGUCUGGGACAGAAAAACAGCAUGUGGCAUAUGACUAUGCCAGGAGACUGGCUACAGGCUGGGCACAUUGUGAGGUGCUGGUUCGUAAUUCUCUGGCUGUUCUCAGUGGUUCUGAAUCUCCACGUGUGUUCUGUGAGAAUCUCAACAUCAGUGUGUGUCCUCUCACAGAAAGCAGCCAAAAGUUCUCUAUGAAUGUGUACAAUCCUCUGGGCAGGACUGUAAGCUGGCCUGUUCGUUUGCCCGUCAAUGGUUCAUUGUACAGUGUUACUGAUACAAACGGGAAAGCAGUGGACAGUCAGGUGGUUCCACUGUCUAAGUCCACACAGCAAGUGAGGCGGAACAGGGGUUAUGCUAAAGGUGAGCUGGUUUUCCAGGUUGAAGCUCCUCCUCUUGGCUACACUACGUACAUCAUCUCCAUUCUUAAGGAUGAGCCUCCAGCAUCCAGCCCCAAACCCACAGCCACUCGCUCCAUUCAGAACAAGUUCUUGAAGGUGACCUUUGACGACACCACAGGUCUGUUGAGCAGCCUGACAAACCUGGAAACGAAUCAAACCAUUCGACUCACUCAGAACUUCUACUGGUAUAAUGCAAGUGCUGGGAAUAACAAGGAGAGCCGGCAGCCGUCGGGGGCUUACAUUUUCAGACCAAAUUCUUCAGACCCCUUUGUCAUUAACAAAACUGCUGAAAUACAGAUAGUUACAGUGUCCAGCACAGUUCAAGAGGUGACGCAGUGGUUCAGCCCCUGGGUGUCACAGGUUGUCCGUUUGUAUGAGGGCCAUAGGGAACUGGAGCUGGAGUGGACCGUGGGACCUGUGCCUAUUGCAGAUGGUUUAGGGAAAGAAGUGAUCACUCGUUUGGACACAGACAUUGAGUCCUCUGACUAUUUCUACACUGAUUCCAAUGGCAGAGAGGUUCUAGAACGACGGAAAGAUUAUCGGCCCACGUGGGAUUUGAAGCAGACAGAGCCAAUUGCUGGAAACUACUAUCCAAUCAAUUCUCGCGCUUACAUCAAGGAUGACAAGCAUCAGCUGACAGUAGUGACUGAUCGCUCUCAAGGGGCCAGCAGCAUCUAUAACGGCUCACUGGAAAUCAUGCUGCACAGGAGACUGCUGUAUGAUGAUUUUAGGGGAGUGGGAGAGCCUCUCUCUGAGCCGGGAGAGUUUUUUGAUGGUUUAGUUGCCCGAGGGCGUCUGCUGCUGACCCUCACUCCACCAAACAUGGCCGCAGAUGUCCACAGACCCCUCGCACAGGGUAUGGUGCUCCAACCCCUGCUCUCCUUCCAGGACGGCACACCUCCCGCCAAUACAAAACUGGAGUUCUCUGGGCUUCAGGAUGCUCUGCCCCCUGCUGUUCACCUGUUGACACUGUCUCAGUGGGAUAAAGACUCGGUUCUGAUUAGGCUGGAACAUCAGUACCAGGCCAAAGAGAGCAAAACACACUCGCAGCCUGUUACAGUCAAUUUACAGAAGCUUUUUUCUACGCUGGAGGUGCUCGGAGCGUCUGAAAUGAGUCUAGGGGCAAAUCAGUGGAAAGAGGACAUGAACCGCCUGCAGUGGAACACAGCAAAGGCAUCAAAGCCCCUUCCACUCAGUGCCAAAGACCCCUCACAAUGGGAAGUCACACUAAACCCAAUGGAGAUCCACACCUUCUUGUUGCGGGUACGACAGCUAUAGAACCGACAACCUACAGAUCACUGUACGAGCCAAUCAGAGU